CUCGCGUUUGCGCAGUGCAAUGUUUUGUUUUUAACUGAAGCAACAUGUCUGCCUCCAUGGUGCGAGCGACCGUCCGAGCGGUCAGUAAAAGAAAGAUACUGCCUACAAGAGCCGCACUGACGUUGACUCCAGCAGCUGUGAGCAAGAUCAGGUUAUUGUUGCAGAACAAGCCGGAAUAUAUCGGUUUGAAGGUCGGAGUGAGAACACGUGGCUGUAAUGGACUGACUUACACACUGGACUACACCAAGGAGAGAGACAAAUCUGAUGAGGAAGUGCUGCAGGAUGGUGUGAGGGUUUUCAUCGCCAAGAAAGCUCAGCUGACCCUUCUGGGAACUGAGAUGGACUUUGUGGAGUCUAAGCUGUCCAGUGAGUUUGUCUUCAACAACCCCAACAUAAAGGGCACAUGUGGUUGUGGAGAAAGCUUCAACAUGUGAGCACCAUGGAGCUUCUGUCCUCCUACACCCUCCCCGCUGCAAACCCAGUCCCAUCCAUAAAGACUGAGAGACUGAAUGUUGACGAGGAAGUCGGACAUGAGGAAAUCUCUGAGAUGUGGACGUGCCUGCGUUCCUACCACUGGUCCUACUGCAGACCACUCGCGUUCACGUAAAGCCCGACCAUGCAUAUUCAUGCUCUGAAGAAGGUUUUAAUGCAAUUUAGUUACAAUUAUCUCAACGUGUUGAUUAUAGGUUCAGAUAUUUCCGCUGUUUUUUAUACUCCGUUCUGCAUCCAAAACAAACUUUAGAAGGAUCUCAAAAGGAAGAUGUUUUUUUAAUGUAGUGAUUUGCUGCCGCUUGAUAUACAUCCACACGUUAUUUUCAGAAAUCUAGUCAAAUUUCAGCAUGACUUGUAUGCAGGAGGAAAUGGUUCAACAUAGGUCAAGAACAUGCUCACUGAAGCAGAGAUUUGUUCAGCUUUAGGUCUAUCAGGAUGAAACAUGAUACUGUUAAGUAUUCAGUUUUCAUGUUUAAAUCUAGCAUCCAAAAUCCCAACAUAAGACAGUGUUCUAUCACCCAGUGAAGUGAACCCAGCAGUAUGCAAAAGAGGAGGAGCUCGAGUGUCUUGAUUCAACUGCUUUAUUAGUUUGUAAAGUGUAUAUUUAUCUCUGUGUGUAAAUAUAAAGAUUGUAUAUCUCCCUUGAACCACGCAAACGCACAAAUAUUGAAAUAAAUAACGCACAAAACAUGUAUCCCUAGCAGAGUACAUGAGGUUUAUGUUGGUUUCUCUUUUUUUGCUUGAUGAGAUCCUGGACUUUGUGUUUGUACUGUGCAAUAUGUCUGUGUACAUACGAAAUAAUAAAUAGCUAAGUCUAAUAAUGUGAAA